AAUUCCAGAAGUGCUUGCAGCUCCUUGAGAAAGCAUAUAAAAGCCUACAAACUCAGUCGGAGUACUAAUAAGCCUUGGAUCUCCACAGAGGCAAGACUAGAAGAGGUAUUUGAGAAACAGCAGGAAAGGAUGAUGCAGUCUUUGGCCUCCGAGACACACUUCAGCACUGGCAGCAGCCAGCGUUUUCUGGACCAGCCUAGAAUACGUAUACUUUGGCCUCUCAGCCGCCACGAAAUGAAAUUUGAUGAAUUUGAGAAAGACUUUAUGAGACGACGAACUAAUUCGAUGGACAAGGUCCAAGACUUUGUGAGUCAGUUUCACGAAGACUUCUCCGACGAUUUUAUGGAGACCAUCAUGCAUGGUCCAGUUCUGAGUCGAGUGGCAGAACCUUCAACGGUCAGCGUCAUAAAGGUCAGGGAACUUGACCCAAAGGACAAGUUUGAAUUGGCCUUGGACGUCCGGGAUUUCUCCCUCGAAGACCUGACAGUGAAACUGGUGGGGAGGAAGCUGGUUAUCACAGGAGUAAAGCAGGGACAGAAAACAUCCAAGGAGUUCACAAAGGAAAUUGACCUGCCCCGACACACUAACCUUCCAGAGCUCACCUGCUCUCUCACCACUGAUGGCCUGCUAAAGAUCAAAGCACCUCCACUGAAGCAACCUGAAGCAGCUGAAAGAACUGUUCCCAUCAGGUUUAGAACAUCACUAAACGUGCCGGUUUCUAACAGCCAGAAGAAAGGAGAGGACAGCGCAGAGAAAGCAGCCUAAAACACGACGACUUGUUAGCUAAUUUCGAGCUAGUUACAAUUAAAUGAUUGCUCUUGCCACCUGUCACACCGAUUAAGGUAUCACAUAUAAAUGUUUUUGGAUUGAUUUAAUAGGACAUGAUUCACAAGUAAAAGAGAAAGGAGCAACUGACUUAUUUUUUCUGGUUAUUGUUUAAUUAUUGUAAAGCUGUUGUUUAUUUGAUAUUAUUUGUGAACAUUGAAAUACAGUAGUCAGCAAAUUAUUUUUGUUCAAAUGUCAAAGGAAAAUGGGGUAUUUUGUAAAAAGAAAGGUAAUAAACUGUAAAAUCAAAUACAUUUGUUUAGGCAGCAAAAUCGAUGUGUAUUAUUUUUGUUGGUAAGGUGAAUUACAUAUAGAAAGGCUUUUUAUUUACAAAUGACCUUUAAUAAAAUGAGAAUGUGAUGC